ACUCAGAACGAGAGAGGGAAGUUCUUAUCAUUAGCAGCCGGAAGAGGAGCAAGGGGAGACAGACGAGGCAGCGACAAGAGAGGCGAAAGCAACGACGCUCAGCCACUCCGUCGGACCCUCCAAGAGAGAAACUGACCCAGAUCCGCUUGAAAUCAAACCCUAGAUCUACCACCUAGACGGUGCCUCCUGCUCAGAUCCGACUAUCCACAUCCUCGCCAUCACUCCAGGGAGACCGAGGACACACUCAGUCACCGCUUUGAUUUGCCGGUUCCGACCGCAAACCGACGAAGAACCAGAGAAGAAGAGCAAGGAGGAUAUGGAGAAAUCGAGGCUAGAGAGGGGAUGAAGCUGGACUCAGAAGCGAUUGGGGUGGCGACAGACAGGUAGAUACCCUCCGUCGGCCACCAGAACGAGAAUCAGCGGUGGCUUUGUCGAGUAGAAGAUGAACGGUGGGGAGAGAAAGAAAAGAGAGAAUCCACUCUCACCUCUCUCUAACUUUCCAACUACGUUUUUAAGCCCUAAUAAGUCAUACUCUUGCCAUAACUCAAUAUCUAACCAUUUGGUGGAUAGCUAUAUCUUGUUGUGUUAUGGCUGGUUGUUGAAUAGAAAUAUCCCUUUUCACUCGAAGUCUUUGUUUCCUAAAUGUCGUGCCUGCAUUAUUAAGUUAUAAUUGAAAUUUAUAUUUCUUGAUGCACAGGUUUCGAUGGGAUAUGGAACUAUUACAGCUCAUUCACUGAUGGGGUUGGAAGCUCGUGGGACUCUCUUUGUGUCUCCGGGACUGGAAUCAUACGAUGGCAUGAUUAUCGGUGAGCACUCACGAGACACAGAUCUUGAUGUUAACCCGGUUAAGGCCAAAGAGCUUACCAACAUUCGCUCUGUUAACAAAGACGAGAAUGUGAAGCUAUCUCCACCUCGCCUCAUGACACUUGAGGAGGCUAUAGGAUACGUUGCCUCAGAUGAACUUAUUGAGGUUACUCCAAAGACGAUUAGGUUGAGGAAGAGAUGUCUAGACGUUACCAAGCGUAAAUCACAGAGCAAACGAGCCAAAGAGUAACCUUCCACCGGUGCAGUUUUUAGUAAAAGUUGGUUUGGUUUCUGGCUCUCUUUCUUGUCACAUUCUUACACAAAGAAAAUUAUUGAA